UCUCUUCCCUCUAUCUCCUUCCUUGACUUCUUCCUCCUCUUCUUCCUACUUCGCAUUCCUUGAACCAACAUCUCGAGAACUAGCCCUUGAGUAUCACCACGCCUUGAGUACCACCACCCCUCGAGUACGACCACCGCCUUGAGUACCAUCACCCUUCGAGUACUACCACCCCUCGAGUACGACCACAAUGCCUUUAAAACGAAGUAAAAGCUUAGCAGUAACGGGGUCACCUGAGAGUACCAAAUUGAGUACUAUCUCGACCUUGAGUCCAAACAACGAUUGGACUUCCCUCGCUGUACUCACUUCCCUCCCAAGGGCUCACUUCACACGACGUAAACACCCUGAGUACCACAACAACAACAACAACGACAACAAGAAGAACAACAAGCAUAACAACUAUCAUGAAGAAUCAACAACAAUCUCCAACCACAAUCACGAACUACCACACUCAUCAUCAACAAAAACAACCAGUACCCGUAACAACAAUCAUCUCAACCACGAACUACCACCCCCAACAAAAACAACCAAAAUCCGUAACAACCACCACAACCACCACAAUCACGAACUACCACCAUUAACAAAAACAAUCAGUACCCGUCACCACCACCACCACCACAACCGCGAACUACCACUACCACCACCACCAACAAAAGCAACCAAUACCCGUAGCUCCUCCAACCACCACAAAAACCACAACUACAACCAUCGGCAGCAACAGGACUCACCACUACCCACCACCACCACCCGUUCGACCCCUGGUAGACACGCGGCGUCCUUCAGGCUGAGUUCACGAGAGGUACACAUGAAGGCUUUGAACGAUCUACAGACAGCUGCCUCACGUCUACCACACCCAGAGGUUGUUUAUGGAGCGAUGAUCCCAGAUCCUGACUACAGUGACGAAGAAAGAGACACAAACAAGCCAACAGCCACUACCAUGGUUGAGAGGAAUAAUCAAGUCAACUCUAACGACGAGAAUCAGGAGCAACAGAAACUACAGCCAGAGCCAGGACAGGGGGGCAGGAUGGACGGGCGGGGUCUGAUUAUGCCCAAGAAGCUCGUUAACCCCUGUCUAGAGUCCUCGGACAAAAAGAACCUCCACAGAGAACUGAUGUUUAACCAGAAAAGGUGAGUAACUAUCUACCCUGACAUCUUCAC